AUGGGUGCCAGCGACGACCAAGGCUUCUCCAAGAUCCGGGAGGCUCCGAUCGGACCGACUGGUAAGAUCGUCGGCCAUUUGCAACUGUUCCAGAAGGGACAGGGUGCCUUUGUUUCGGCCGACUUCGACGGCGACAUCAAGGCCGGGGGCCUCGACCGCAAUCCCAGCUGGCAACUCGUCGACAACUCGAACCCGAGCAAUCCGGUGGUCGUGUUUCGCAACUCUGCUGGGCCCGGGCCCUCCCACGUCAAGCACAGCUGCGCCGGCGAGAACCCGGUGGCGAAGUGUUGCGAGUGGCUCGCUGGAAUCGGCCCCUCGGUGGAUUACGUAGUCAGAGUUGGUACCUCGACCGGCAUCAACUCGUACCAUGUGGACAGGGAGUUCACUUUCCCUCCCCCCACUAAUGGCCGCCGACAUGAACGCGUUUGA